AUGGAUGCUCCGUUACCAGGUUUCAGGUUCUACCCUACGGAGCAAGAAUUGCUGUCUUUCUAUCUGCAUCAUAAGAUCAAAGGCACGAGCGCGGACAUAGAUAGUGUUAUACCCGUCGUCCACAUUUACGAUUACAAUCCAUGGGAUCUUCCACAAUUUGCAGGAGAGCUUUGUCCGGAGGACAGCGAGCAGUGGUUCUUCUUCAUUCCGAGGCAAGAAAGGGAAGCCCGGGGAGGACGGCCGAACCGCCUCACGCCGGAAGGGUACUGGAAAGCAACUGGCUCUCCUGGUGAAGUCUACUCGUCGCAAAACCACAGAAUUGGGCAGAAGAAAACCAUGGUUUUCUACGAAGGACGAGCUAAUCACCGGGGGAGAAAGACCGACUGGAAAAUGAACGAGUACAAGAUCUUUGUCACUGAUCAUGGAGCUUCCUCCUCGUCUGGUGAAAAAUUGCAGGUGAAUGAAGAAUACCGUUUGUGCCGAAUUUACAAGAGAUCAAGGUCUUUGAGGGCAUUUGACCGGCGGCCGCUACGCGAGGAGGCCGCAACAGGCCACCAACAGGCGCCAGUGCACCGACAGGAGCCGGUGUCCGAGUUGGUGGCAGGUGAUCAUCAGGCAGCGGUGGACCACCAGCAGCAUCAUCACACUGCUCAGGCUGCCGUUAUCAAUGAUUCAUCCUCAGGGGACCAUAACACCAAUCAUGAAAACAAUUGGGAUAUGGCAACUGAGAACGAACCCUUGUGGGCUUGGGAAGAAUUAAACUGGUUUUAUCUACAAUGA